AUGGGUCUCGUGCUGUAUUCAAUCCUGGCUCUAUGGUGCGCGGAAGUUCAUGGCUUUCAAGAUGGCGAGCCAAUGCGCUUCGAGACUCCAAAAAUGAAUGAAGAAGAGCAACAUUCGCCUCACACUCCAAAAUCCUUUGAGAUAACAUGUGAUGCUUGCACUGCUAUUGCAUAUCAGGUAAUUUUUACCUUUGGUAAAAGCUUGUCCGAUAUAAUAUUUUAAAAGAGCUGGAACACGUAUUUAAAGCUAAAAAAAAUUAAGUUUAAGUCUUAAGCUUAAGCUUAUAUGUUUACAAUUGAAAAUGGAUAGUGUAAUUUUACGCUUAGUUCACAUAAUGCCGAUACCAAUUUAUGUGUUUAACCGCAGCUGAUACCAUAAUCGAUACCAGCUAAUUUUUCACAGCGAAUACGGGUUUUUAUCAUUGCAUGCCCAUAAGCUUUUUGAUAAGUAUAAGACUUUAAACUUGCAAAGCUUUAGCCGCAUCUAGUUUCUUUAAAUAAAUACGUUUUCUUGUCAUUCUGUUGUAAUCAAUUGUUCAGUCAGAAUUAAGACGAAUUUGCAUGUCAGCAGCAGUGAAGAAGAUUGACUGUAAAUUGACCACUCCAGAAAAUACCAGAACAUACCAUAAUGCUCUUUGUUUGUCACCCCAACAUUUUGCACAAACAUUGUUUUCAGUUUCUUUUGGGGCCAUUUUAACUCCCAAGAGAAACUGAAGGCAAUGCUUAAGCAAAUUUUUGGGGUGACAAACAAAGAGCAUUAUGGUAUGUUAUGGUAUUUCUGGAGUAGUCAAUUGUUAACUGCUAGUGCGACUACUGUAAUGGGGGACACUUCGAAAAAGUUGACCAAUAAGAUUGCAGGAAAAUAACAAUACAUUACAAGAAAGUUGGUUCUUUGAAUAUUUUUAAUACCCAUAAUCCACACUGGAAGUCCUUCCGCUAGGAGAUGUGUGGGACAUGUCAUGAUUUUUCCCACUUCUCACUACUUUUCGCAGCUCUAGGUUCAGAAUCUCAAGAGUUUUGCAGUUGGUAAUUCUGAGAUGGAACAAAACUUUGUUUCGCAUUUGUGACGAGAAAUAUUUAAGUAAGCUCUAGGUCCUUGGUACCCUGGGUGCUAGAGACUUUUCUAGCGUGGUCUCCGGUUUCUGUCAAGUCUUUAUAGUGACCUGCGCGCGCUCAUGGCAUCGGCCUACAGUCGAAGAUGUGUCGGCCUUUGGCCAACACCGGAAAUUUUCUGCCGCACACAAGAAAAACCUCUGGUACCCAUGGUAGGUCCUUGGCUCCAGGUGUGACUUAUUUAUGAACUGGACCUUUUUAGUUUUAUCAGAAAAAUUUGUUCUAUCUGUAUUCAAUUCCAAAUUGUCAACUUUGCUAAGCUAUCUCUGCAUCUAUGUUUUGAUUUUGUCACUUUGUAGAUGGAAAACGCACUGAAAAAGGCAGAGGAAAAGAAACCAUCCCUGAAAGGAAAACCUUUACCAGAAUCAGAGCUCAUUGAUUUGUUUGAAACUGUUUGUGAUAAAUCUUGGGAUGAGUAAGUACUGUGUUUCCUAAUUUCGUUUUUCUUUAGCUUAAAAUUGUACUCUCUUUAAGCAGAAGCUAGUCUCCAUUGCAGCUGUUUUUGUUGUGUUGUGCAACUUCCCCCAAAGUAAUUGUGUGACAUCCCAAAAAUGGCUGCUAAGAGGCAGAAAGUUUGAGGUGCAUUUUUUGUUCUGCUAGGGCUUGAACAGAGGCCUCUUGCAAUCAAAAUGAGUAACCAGGCCUUAAGUUACGUGAAGGCAAAUAAGUACGUAUUAAUAAAUAUUUUUCUAAUUUUUUUCCUUGCUUGGCAUUUUAAUUUUCCAGCUAUGGUAUAAAGACUGUCAAAGGAGUGAACCGAUUGUCUGGUCCAGGCCUUGAAGCUAAAGAUGUCCCUGGCAUGAUGCAAGGAGGAGGAAAAUGGCCAGGAAGGUAUGUUGUGUGAACAUAAAUAUAAGUGGUGUGUGAUAAAAAUCCUAACUGGCCUCUGAUCAACUGCUGACUUCUGCUUCUAAGUUCUUUUGUAUUUGCUUGUAAACUAAAAUAGAGAAUUGGGCACACUUACAUCAAGAGUUACGGAGCACUUUUUUGUACAUUUUAUUUGUAAAGGCUUUUAUUGUGGGCCUGAGCAGUUAAAGAAGAACAACAGGAAUGAGUUUGGUGGAAGAAGUGACAGUUGUGGCAGCAAAAUUCAAGUCGUUCCAAAAAACUAUUACAAUCUUUAUUUUUUUAAACCAAAGGCAAAACUUAGGUAUCAUCAUCGCCAUUUUUGUCAUCAUCAGCAUCAUCAUCAUCAUUAUUAUCUUGGCUAUAAUGCAAUUAAGGCCUUGUGAAAUUGAGACCUUGCUAGUCAGUGGUUGUUCCUUAACUCUUCAAGCUUGCAAUAUCCACAUACAAAUUCUCCUGACUGAUCUGAAUACAUUUCCUCGAAGAAUAAGUUGAGAGAAUUUGAUAAAAGAUCAAAGCAUUUGGGGCAACCUUUGUACACUUCAGAGCGGAUCUUGCUUUGUGUUUAUUUUCACUUGCCUUCUAGCGUAUCAGCACAUAAAUGCAUACCAGUGAAGUGAGAUUUUAAGGUUUGGUGACUGUCUACUUGACUCCAGAGCUUAUUUCUUUUUAGUUUUUAUCAUUAUUUUAUUGCCAUAUUUUAAGAAAAUAGGUGUUCGUGUAUUAAACAUAACCUUUUUUUUUAGACUGGCCACAAAAUGUGGGAAUUUAGUCGGAGAUAUUGGAGAAGAUGAACUUUAUGCAGAAUACAGAAAAGGGAAGAAUCUCUUCAACUUUUUAUGUAAAGAUUAUACCAAGGACUGUGUGCAAAAGGAAAAAGAAGAAUUAUAAUGAAGACUGUUCAGGCAUCAAUUUGUUCAGUUGCAAGCUAAACUAAAACAAAUAUUCAUUAGGAAAUUGGUAGAGAUUUCUGAUUUUUAAAGAGAAGUGCUUAAUAAUGCAAUUUUUUAUCCAAAACAGAUUUUCUACUUUGAGGUGGACUGUUGUAAAGUUUUGGCAAAUUUUUAAGAUGUUGUUAUAUACAGUUGUAUAUUGUGCCAAAAUAUUGUUCUACCAAAGUUUUGGAUGUAAUCUAUGUUUUACUCACCCAAGUGUUAAGUUUAAGGGCAAAUCUUAAUCUACACACGACAAGACUGAGGAGAAUUAGUUAACAGAAAUAAUAUAUUCUGCUACUUUAAUGUAGUGACCCAGGAAAAAUAUCUAUCUGGA